AGCAGCUCCCCAGGAGCCCUGUGCUCAUUGGUCUUCAUCCUCGGGGGUCCCCGCUUUCGGUGGUCUCUGCACCCCCCCAUCCUCGGUAGUCCCCAUCCUUGGUGCUCCCUGCAUUUGGUAAACCCUUUACUUGGUGGAUCCUUUACUCAGUAGUCCCCAUCCUCGGUGGUUCCUGCACUCGGUAGUCCCCAUCCUCGAUAGUCCUCAUCCUCGGUUGUCUCUGCACUUGGUGGACCCUUUACUUGGUACUCCCCAUUCUUGGUGGUCCCCAUCUUUGGUGGUCUCCACACUCGGAGGAACCCAUCCUCGGUAGUCCCCAUCCUCAGUGGUCCCUACACUUGGUGGUCCAUUUACUCGGUAGUCCCCAUCGUCGGUGGUCCCUGAACUUGCUGGACCCUUUACUUGGUAGUCCCCAUCCUUGGUGGUCCAUUUACUCUGUAGUCUGCAUCCUUGAUGUCCCCGCAUUCAGAGAAACCUAUCCUCCGUCAUUCCCGUCCUUGGUUGCUCCGUGUAUAUGGUGAACCCUUUACUCAGUAGUACCCAUCCUCGGUGGUCCCCGCACACCAUGGACUUUUUACUCAGUGGUCCCCCCACUUGGAGGACCCUGUACUCGUUGGUCCUUGUGGCUUUUUCAGUGGUCCUUGGGACUUUUUUGUCUAGCUCCUGCCAGACUCCCGAGCACAUUGCGGUUCCAAGCGUCUACAGGCUGCAAUGGAAAAGAAAGAGUUCGUGGUUUCUGGUUUGCAUAACAGCAGAGACUGACUAGGCAUAAAGGAGCCUAUAAGCGCGGGCGAGAAGCGUCAAGCGCCUUGCAGGGCUUUGUUGUUUAAUAAAAAGAAGAAAUGAAAUCUACAAAUGAUGAUCCAGUGUUUGGGACCAUUUUUGACUGGGACUAUCUCUUAUGGGAAGUUCGUUUGACCUUUUUAGCUGCUGGCUUUUUAAUCUACCUGGGAGUAUUUCUUCUGUCUCACUGGUUGUCUUCAUGGAUAAGUACCACUUAUCGUGCCUUGCUGGCAAAGGAGAAGGUGUUUUGGAAUAUGGCAGUCACACGUGGUGUGUUUGGACUUCAGAGCUGUGUUGCUGGGUUAUGGGCUUUGCUCAUAGAUCCUGUUUUUUAUGCUGACAAAGUGUAUUCACAGCAAAAGUGGAGUUGGUUUAACUGUUUAAUAGCUGCUGGAUUUUUCUUGCUUGAAAAUGUAGCUGUUCACAUGUCCAACGUUAUUUUUAGAACAUUUGAUGUGUUCUUGGUAGUUCAUCACUUGCUUGCUUUUGGUGGCUUGGCUGGUCUAGUCAUUAAUGUGAAAUCUGGACAUUAUCUGCCUUUGAUGGGAAUGUUGCUGGAGAUGAGUACUCCCUCAACGUGCAUUUCCUGGAUGCUUCUGAAGGCUGGCUGUGCUAAUACCUUUUUCUGGAAGGCAAACCAGUGGGUGAUGAUCCACCUGUUUCACUGCCGCAUGAUUCUUACCUACCACAUGUGGUGGGUGUGUAUUUUCAAUUGGAAUUCUGUGGUAGAAAAUCUGGGACUCCUUCAUUUUAUUGUUUUAUUCUCGGGAUUAUUUGCUGUUACACUAAUACUUAAUCCAUACUGGACAUACAAAAAAACUCAGCAACUCCUCAGCCCAACUGACUGGAACUUUGAAAAUAAAGCAACGGAAAAUGGAAAACUAAAUGGUGAAACACAUCAAAAGAAGAGGAUAUAACACUGAAACGCUCUUUCCUAGAAGGGUAAUGGAAGAAUACAAUUCGAAGUAAUUCUUUGCCCAUGAACUAGAAGCUUUUGCAAGAAGCUUAUUAACACAGCAAUUCCUUGCUGGUAGUAUUCUGUAUGCAUCAGAAGGAUUUAAAAGCAUUGUUUGUGUUUUGUAUGUGUAUACACAUAAGAUCAUCAAUCUCUUAGCUAUGAAUUAUGCCAACUAUAUUUCCAGGAUGGUCCUUCAUGAUUUAGCAGUGACGUGCUCUCCAAUGGCAUCCUUUGUCCUAAUGCUUCAAAGUGGCUUUAGAGUUAAUUUGUCUGUUAAGCUCAGCUUGAAUCAAGUUUAGCUUGAAUCCUACUUUAUGUAUGUUGGAGAUACUGAUACUGGAAAUUAUGUUCUUAAUUAAGAUCAAUUGUGGCCCAGGUUAGGUAUGAGUAGGUACCUAGUUCCCGUGUGCCAUUAAAUCAUUCCAAGUGGAUGAAUUGGUCAGUGGGAAAAUGCAGUCGUGGCUGGGUUUUGUUUGGGUUUUUUUGUUGUUUUUUUUUUUUAAUUUAUUCUUUUAAGUGCACUUAAGGAAAAGGAAGCUUGAGUGUUCUCUGUCAAAGUCGGGCGUGGAUUCCAGGUUGCCCUCUUUACGGGAGGAGUUCAUAUCCACCGUAGAUAGGCAUGUGGGGACGCAGGCAUUUGUGAUACUGGUGAUCUAGGUAGGUAAUCACUGUAAUCACAGUGGUCCCUUCUACAUGGGAAAUCAAUGAACUACAAGAGGCUGCAAUGAGCUACGAUCAAUGAACUACGGUAGACCGUUUGACUCUUGUUUCAUCCUUGAAAAAACUGCCGGUUGAUUAGUAAAAUUAUUUUCUUCCCAGGUCCCACAUGAGCAGAGUCAUGCAGUCAGUUCCUCUAGCGUUCCUGUAAUAAUCCCUCUUAUUUUUGGCAAUUCUCUUAGUUAUAGAGGAUUUUACAAUCUGAGGUGACUCCUCUGUGCAGGAGAUCCCACAUCACCUCUGUUAUGAGCUCAGUUAUUCUUGUAGCAUUUUUAUUUUACUUCAAAGAACAUAAAGUGACACUAACAAUCCUUGGCACUUUAUCUGCCACAUCACUAAAUGUUUCCUUGGCUUAAGGAAUAGGGUUGACUUUUAGAAAGGGACUUCACAAAUUGUGGGAGAUGUUCUCCAGGUAGUAUUAGUCUGAUAGUUCCUGGGUGAAACUUUGGAUAGGGGAUGACAGCAUAAAGAUCACGAUAGAAGAGAGUGACGCCUAGUGGCAGAUGAAUGACAAAGAGGAAUUCGUUUUGGCGCAGUGAACUAGUGAGAUAAAAAGCCCCUCGUCUGAGACUUUGUGGUGUGACUGUUAUACAGAUCUAUUUUCUAAAGUAAUAAGACUGGGCAAGCCCAAGCUGUGAACAUUUUUAUGUCAAGGCAUGCGUUAGAGGCUUUGUGCACUGAUCUGUCUUUGGUAUAAAUAACCCUGUUUUAAUUUUUUAUGGGAAUGUUUGGUUUUGCUCAGGGUGAAGGGAGGAAGCAAGUGGUCAGGUUUCUGUUCUCUAAUUAACUUUGUGUGAGCACAGACUUGAAGAGCUGCUCUGUAAGGGAGAAGAAACUUUUUACUGUUCGGUCACAAAUGCAUAGCCAGGUCUUGUUGAUAUCGACGAAGUGGAGAAUAUCGUAAAUUGCCCAUUCAAAACUAGGCUGAGCAGGUCAGGGUAAUUUUAUACAGCAACGCUAUCUGUUAUCGUGCUGAUAUUCAAUAGAGAAAAAUCUACAUUUUUUGCCACCUUCUUAUUUCGAAGGAGGCCAGAAUGAGGUUGCAGUAUUUUGGCAGUGUGGCACCAUCCUAAAGGAAAAAAAGGGUUCUGUCAAGCUUGAAAUUAACAUAUCUUGUGUGAGCUUCCAUGUGAGAGAGUACUGCUAAAAGUACUUUAGAAGAAAGCAGAAAGUUGAAUUCCUCUGAAACAGGGCUUAAAUAUAUGAUCCAAAUGCAUGUCUUGCAGGGUCUAACCCUUACUUGCCAGGAGCUGCAGGGGGAAAAGUUGGAGGAUAAAGUUCCCAGAUAUCAAAAUGAUGGUGUGUUCUAUGCUGCUUAAAAUGGAAAUGGAUUCAAUAAAACAAAGUAGUAAUUACAAAAUUCUGAAGAAUCCUAAGAGAAAAUGGAAAGAAAUUUGGGCCAGGUGUGUAAUUUUUCUAGUGGCUGGCCAAAGGAGGCAAAGCUUCUGUGUGCUGAAAUGAAACAAUAUGGAAGGUUGGGGUUAGCAGUGAAUUUGGGGCUGAAAAAAGAGAUUAGGUGUGGUCCAAGCAGACAGGUGAGUAGUUGUAUCUGUGGCAUCAGACUUCUAAAGUUUAUUAUUUUGUCAUAUUAUGUUAUGUGGAUUUUAAAUCUUUCAUUGAAAGUAUCUUUUAUCAUAAUGCGAAAAUCUUUUUAAUGUGCAUCUAUCUUACGUGAGGAUUUUCACACAAAGACCCCUAUGGCAUAUCUCAAAAACCUGCGUGUCUUACUACUAACUAAUAAGAGCUAAGAGCACUUGUUAACCUAAACGCUUCUAGACCUGCUAGAGCAAGAGAGCUAUGCAGUAGAUCAAAUAUCAGAAUUCUUUAUUUCUGUUGGUUUGAUGGGAUUUUACAGUCCAGCUAGAAAUACGACAGAACGUAAAAGUACAGGUGACCUUUCAGCUUGAUAGCGUAGAGCUGGAGUUACCAGUUCCAUUACAUGCUUUUUUUUUUAAUACUCAAGUGUUUUCCUCACUGCCUUUGGUUGCUCCCUUCGAGAGGAUUUUCUGCUUUAGGAUUGUGGAGAACUGUUUCAUUGCUGUGAAAAAAGACCGAAGAAGUUCCCUGACUGAGGGGUUUGAGGUCUGAUGGCUCUUGUAAGUGCUGCCUUUCAAAACGAAGAUAGACUAGCCAUGAUUUGUUUAUAAAUGUUGUUCAUGUGAAACUAAUCCUAGUCUUAUUCAGGCUUUCUUACAAGGCUUCAUCCUAACCUGAUGUAGAAAUAUUGUAUCAUUUUAAGUAGUGAUCGGGGUGUGCUGCUGCCAUGGUUUGUAAAACUCUUCUGUAAUAUGGUUUUGGGUGACUUUUUCGUUUGCCUAGGUGGCUGUUAGACUUCAUCCUGCUUUCUUGUUGGACUGACUUAUUCAAGGAGUGCUGUUUGUGUCACUUUUCUUGCGGGAGCUUUAUUUUAAAAAAAAACCUUAACAACCACAAAAAUAAAAAACUAUGAUGGGGUUGUUUGAUUAUUUUAUAUUAUUUUAUUUUUUAAAGAAAUGUUUGAUCUUAGACACCCUGGCCAGGCAUCCGGUUCUUAUUGUCUUCAUGCAGUGUUCCUAAGUCACAGUUUGUGUUCACCUCCAUUUGUGUCCUGCCUUAUGUUUUCUUUCAAAACCUGUCAUUGUUUCUCCUCCCACUCCUCUCUUUUUCUAUAGUAUUUAUUCUUCCUUGCAGUACUGGCCAUGAUCUUGCAGCAAUCACGUUACCACAGCGAUGUCUUUGUCUAAGAGUUUUCAGCACAUACUGUCAGCCCUUCUUCUGCUAAAGGCCCUGUCCAAAUCUUUCAGGUUUUUUUUUUCUUUUUCCUGAUAACACUGAUUUAAAUAUUGAUGCCAUGUACAAUUAUAAAAAACCUUUUUUAACCUCAGGGAGCCUCCCACUUAAAGUAAAUUUAGAAAUGUUAAGCCAAUUCAAGUCUGUUGUAGUAUAGUAUAAUGUUUGUUCAAUGGUACAGCACCUUUAUACACUGUGUGCAUAAAUAAAAGUAUUUUA